AUGGGCAACUGUGCUGGAAACCCUAAAACCGAAGAAAACGACGCUCCAAUGCCCGGCCCCGAGCCUGUCGUUGAAGAGGUUAACGUUCAACAACGAGCUGUAGAGACCAACACAGAGAUAACUCCUGAAGUUACCUCAGAUGAGAAGUCUCUAGGCACAUUGCUCAAAGAGAAUGAAGAAAAUAAAGUAGAGGUUGAAGCAAAGGAAGAAAAAGCCACUGAGGUGAAGGUUGAAGCCAAGGUUGAAGAGAAAGUUGAAACUGUGGAAGAGGCAAAGCCUAAAGCCAUUGAAGAGAAAACUGAAGAAGCUAAGGUUGAGAACUAA